GCAGCUGGCAGGCUGCAGGCAAACAGGAUGACGAGUGGGUGACGGGAGCAGGGAAGGGGGAGCGUGGCUGCACACAGGGCCGGCAGCCCUGCUUCUGCUGCGGGAGCAACACCAGCAAGAGGGACCCCAUUGAGGAGAGGAACAUCACCCAUCUCCCCAGGAGCAAAGGCUCCUGAUCCCAACAGGCAAGGAGAAGGUAGCAGCCAUGGUUGUGGUAGGGUUACCCUCUCUGGUACACAGGAAAAGAGCCCUUGCUGCCCAGGCAUCAGAGCUGCUGGCUUAGCCCUGGAGGGGGAUGCUGGGCCAGACAGGGUCAAACACGACGGACAGCCUAGAGCUGCUCUCCAUACCCGAGCACUCCAUUGCCCAGGAGGUGGUGGGCCUUUUCUGCAUGAUCCUGCUCACUCUCACCGCCCUGGUGGCAAACAUCGUGGUGAUGGUCAUCAUCCUCAAAACACCCCUUUUCAGGAAGUUCAUCUUUGUCUGCCACCUCUGUGUGGUCAAUCUCCUCUCAGCCAUUUUCCUCAUGCCCCUGGGGAUCAUCUCCAGCUCCUCCUGUUUCAACUGGGUGAUCUACAGCAUUGCUGAGUGUAAGGCCGUGAUAUUCCUGAAUAUCUGCUUCAUCAGUGCUUCCAUUCUCACCAUCUCUAUCAUCAGCGUGGAGCGGUACUACUACAUUGUCCAUCCCUUGAGGUAUGAGGUCAAAAUGACCAUCAGGCUGGCGGUGGCUGGAGUGAUUUUCAUUUGGGUCAAGUCUGUUCUCAUCACUGUCUUGGCACUAGUGGCAUGGCCUCAUGGCAAUGGGGCCACCAGCGCCAGCCGCUGCACGGUAUACUGGAGUCCUGGGGCCCACAAGAAGGUUUUCGUGAUCCUCUUCAGCAUCACCUGCUUUAUUCUGCCCACCAUCAUUAUCCUUGCUGUCUACUCCAGCAUCUACCGCGUGGCACGGACUGCGUCCCUGCAGCAGGCGCCUGUGCCGGCACAGGCAGUUGCACUCAGACACCGAUGUGACUCCAUCGCCAGCCAAGUGACCAUCCUCACUGCCAGGAUCCUGAUGCUGCCCAGGCUGAUCCCAGAUCGCCUUCUGGGAAGCAACAAGGCCAUCCUCACCUUGGUCCUCAUUGUGGGACAGUUCUUGUGCUGCUGGCUGCCUUUCUUUGCUUUCCACUUGCACUCCUCUGUCACGGUUGGCACUGUGGGUGGUGGGCACGGGGAGAUGGUGGUUACCUGGAUUGCCUACUCCUCCUUUGCCGUUAAUCCUUUCUUCUACGGGCUGCUGAACCGCCAAAUCCGUGAGGAGCUGGCCCGGCUCCGGCGCAGCUGUCUUAACCAUCCACUGGGUCAGGAGCUCUGUCUUUCUAUCUCAGAGGCUUCUGUUCAAGAAAACUUCUUGCAGUUCCUCCAGAGAGCAGCUUGCACACUGGAGACCCACACCAGCUGCAUCAGCCCCAGCCCCAGGAACAGGCUGGACCAGACCACAAGAAGCUUCCCCACCCCAGAUCAAGUUCCCGAAGAGAGCAGCUGAGAAGGAGCCUGUGUCCCACUGUGCUGGGCAGGAGACCUGUCAGGGACCCAACAGACCUGCUUGGACCCAAUCUCUUGGAUUUUGAGGAGUCCUUGUUCAGGUUUCUUGUUUCAGGUUCUCUGAGCUUAUGGUGGAAGAUGGUUUCUCUGCUGGGAGAAGGUAGCAGAUCUGGGGAAGUCACAUCCCUCUUCUGCAGGCUGGAAUUGUUUCUGGCUCCACCAGCACAGCCCAGUUCCAGGGAUGGGCUCGCCUCAAGACAUGGAAUGCCAAUGUGCAGGGGCAGGGGAUGGGGACGGGACACCUCCAUCUCCAUUGCCCUGGUUUGAGCACUCCUGGCCAGUGGGGAAGAGCAGAUGUCCCAUGCACCCUAUCCAGGAGCAAUGUUCCAGCUAAUGCCACUAACACCAGUAACACCAGGGCCCUGAGCUCCCUGCCGAGCCUGGAUGGCAGACACAGAGACCUCCAUCCUCGGCUGUUUAACCCAAAACUAAUGUCUGUGUGGAGAUCCUGCUCCCUGUGACACUGAUCAGGAGGACACACCCACAGGUCUGGAUCUGGUUGUGUCACUGUUUGUCCUGCUGGCAUGGCAACAUGCAAUGCCUGUGGCCAUGCCUGGCUGUGCCCUCUGUCCCUCUUAGCUGGCAAUGAUCACCCCCCUGGGGGGAAACUGGGGGUCCAUGCCGAGCUGUUUCUGGACAGAUGGGCUGCCCAGUUUGAAGUCUGGUCAGCAGUGCCACAUACGAGCCAACUUGAGCUGCUGGCCAAGGGCACACUGGGCUGGACAUGGUGAGACAGGGUGGUGGGGGGUGGCUGUGUGGGUGCCCCAAGGCAGCAGCAGCCAGAGGGGAUCAGGAGCUGCUGUUCCCCUUCAGUCUUAUUGCUUUUGAAGGACUUGGGGACAUUCUCAUGGGGUCCCCAUUGCUAGAGAGGGAACUGGACCCUCUUGGGUAAUGCUGCUGAGGCCACCCUCAGCCCACCCACAAAGGUCCCAGGGGUGGUGCUGGCUUGGUGGGUUGGAGAUGUCCCUACUCCAGUAGUAACUGCAGGCUUGAGGGAAAACUGCCCUAUGGCCUCUUUAACUGCCCUGUGGCAGGGAGGGGUUCCAGGAAGACCCCCAGAGAGACGGGGCUGAAGGCCAGCUUCCCCUCCUAGACACAGGGAUGCCCUUCCAGCCACCACCCAAAUACCUAGGAGCCAGGGCCACCCCUGCUCUGGGGGAAGUCUCCACCCAGGGCGGAGAAUAUUAUUAUCAUUAUUGUUAUUUUCUUGUAAAUUUUAUCUUUUUAUUAAACCAUUGAUAAGUUACAAAG